UUCAUGAGGCGGUCCUGAUGCGUUAUUCAUGAGGCGGUGCUGGUGCAUUAUUCAUGAGGCGGUGCUGGUGCAUUAUUCAUGAGGCGGUGCUGGUGCAUUAUUCAUGAGGCGGCGAAUGAGAGACCGGCCCGAUGCCGCUACGGCUCUUCAUUGGCCGCGGGAGGGAGGCCACGCCCCCGGCGGCCUCCACGCGGCGCAGGCGCAGCGGGGCGCGCGGCUGCCAGCAGCGGAAGCGGGAGGAGGUGGCGGUGCCGCCAUGGCGGACGGCGAGGGCUUGGUGUCCGUGGACUACGAGGUGUACGGCAAGGUGCAAGGCGUGUUCUUCCGCAAGUACACCCAGGGAGAGGCUAAGAGACUGGGGCUUGUUGGCUGGGUCCAAAAUACCAGCCAUGGCACUGUUCAAGGGCAAAUCCAGGGUCCGACUGCCAGGGUGCGGGAGCUGCAAGAAUGGCUCAGGAAGAUAGGCAGUCCCCAGUCCCGUAUCAGCCGAGCAGAGUUCAGCAAUGAGAAGAAGAUUGAGGCGCUGGAGCACAAGGAAUUCCAGAUUUUGAAGUGACUUGGUCCAGGAAGAAGCAGUCUGGAGCAUGAGCUGCCCUCACGGAGCAUUGCCCCUCUUCCUCAGUCAUUCAGUCAGCCAAUGUUCAGCUCUAGAGAACUUUAUUUUAUUAAAUUUCUAAUUUAUUGUUUUGUUCGUUUGAUGCUCAGCUUUUCACAGAAUUCCAGUGGGUAGAGGAAGAGCUAUGUUGUCUCUGUUAAAGGGGCUGUUCAGGGCCAGAACCUCUGUUUACAAGUGUACGUGGUUUUGGGAGUUGUAUAUGAGAUAAAUCUGAAGUUUUUAGAGUGUGGUGCUCAUGUGAAGGAAGUCACAGGCUCAAUGCCACUAGAAAACAUCGCUAAAAACAUUACUUCUGUGUACUAAAUGCCUCAGAAAAAAAUUUAUUUUAUCCCAGAACUUCAUAUUUUAUGUAGAAUAAAAUUGCUUGGAUUUCGC